GCGCUGAUUAGCUAGUAGCUCAGACCCUGACAACUGACGGCUGUAGAAGACGUAGAUCAUUUAUCUGUAGUGUAAGUUUAUUUAGGUAUACACAAAUACAGUUACAAAGAUUAUCAUACAUAGUAUAAUUGAGCAGCUGUAUCGCUGUGUUGUGGAGAGCUUCAGCAUGCAUGGAAUAGGAAAAGUUCCAGAUGAGGUUGGCCAUCUUAUUCUGAGUGAAGAUGGUGCCAUCAUUGCUUCUGGUGGAGAGCUAGAAAAUGCUGAACAGAUAGGAGCUACUGUCAUGAGUCUACUGUCAUGCACCAGUAAGGCACAACUAUGGCCAAGUGAUUCGGCAGAUGCCUUUAAAAAGAUAUCAAUAACAUACCCGGACCACAGCUAUGUCAUUUGCUUGUCCAACAAAAACAUCCAUGUCGUGAAAAGAAAGUUUGUUCCUCACGAACCUCUUAAAGUUUGAAGGAUUCUUACAGUCUAUAGCUCUAUAGGAAUUAAUUUGAAUUAAAUAUAUAUAGGUAAAUUUAUUUUUAUUAAAAAGCAAUAAAUCAGUUUAGUAAAUAAAGUAAUAAAAAUAGAAGCUUUAAAUGAAUGGAGUCACUAAUCAUAAGCAGUGGGAAGCUAUAAUGUAUUUAGUUUUUAAAUGAAGCCUUCAAUAACCCCAACACAAGUUUAGUUCUUUCUUUGAGUAUGUACGUAUAUAAUACAUGUUCAGCUAAACAGAUUUGCUAGUGAACGAGAAUUGGGGGAAUGGCUGUUCCCAUAAUCCAUCCAUUGUUUCACUUAUAUUUUAUUUAAGUUUGACGUUAAGAUUAUUGUGAUGUUCAUGUUUUUUAAGUCUGUUACAUCAGUUACUUAAAUAUACCUCUUUCGUAAAC